AUGAGCAUGUUUGCUUUGUGCAGGAGAUGGAUGAGGUCCGAGGCGGCGAAGGCGUCCCGCCCCUUCCUCCGAUCUUCUUCUCCUGCUUCGCCGCGUCUCUUCUCCUCCCAUUCAGGGUACGUUUACGUUUGGAUCAAGAGUCCUUUGUUGGUUUCGCAUUUAUGCGUCUGUAAAUGGGAAUUGGCACGGUCGUUGCUCCCUUCUCCCUGUGUGUAACGCGUAUUAUUCUGAUCGACGUUCGAUACAGGUUGAUGCUAAUCUUCAUAUUUUUGCCGUAUUUAUUUUCUAUGGUAGCAUGAGCUUAUUUCCUCGGUACAUGUUCUCUCCGGGUGUUAUUUUAUUAUCAAAUUGUUAUAGACGGAACACCCACAUUCCGCGUUUGGCUUGAGAUGUUCUGGAUCUGGUUUUUGGUGUGAGCUGGCGUUUGUGCUUGGAUUUUAUUUCUGCUUAGUACCAUUUAAACUUCUCCCGGACCUCUUAUGCACAAGAUUUUAUUGUCGACACUAAGUUGAUGUAACUUUUCUAGUUCCCCGUUUCCUUUGUCCAUGGCCACUCUGAUAUGCUGACAUCGAAUAUCUCUAUCGUCUGGAUACUUAUAAUGUAAUGUAGUAUGUUCGUUGUGUAAACGUGGGGUUAUUUGAAAUGGCGUUCAAGUACACAUUGAGGGGCUAAGUGGACGAAGCCUCAGCAUGUUGUGAAAAUUCAUACCUGGAAAUUUUCUGAAUUCAUGAUUUAAACAUUAUUGCGGCAUUCUGAUGUAGUUAUUAUUGGGAAAUGAUUGUAGUUUGUUGUGUUUAGUUUCUUACAUUUAUUUGUGUAAUUUUACUAGGUCUUUCAAUUCACCACCAUUUGCUACAGUCUCUGUUGAACAUAUUUCUGGCUCACAGCCGGCUGAAGUGCUGAACUUGGGUAAACUCUAUGUUUAAAUUCAAAUCCGUUGCUGAAUGUUUAAUUCAAUCUCUCGAUUUUUUUCCCAGCUGUGCGUCUUCUUGUAUCAUGUUAUAAAAUUUCGGUAACAAUCUAGUUUAAAACAAGAACACCAAAGUUCAAUGCUUGAAUUUUCCAUGCAUAUUUUUUAUUUGCUUUAAUGUUCCAAAAGAAAAAAAAAAUUGCGUUCUUUCUAGACCUCUUCUGUAGGUGGCCAAAUUGUAUUUACGGCUCGAAGUGAAGAUGUUCCCAUCAUUAGGCCUUGACAGUUCAACACAGAUGUACAACACACGGCGAAAUCGUUGUGAUAUCAUGGCUACGUAGUGUGUUCACUUUCAUUGAUGAAAUAAUGACGUUUUGGUCAGAGUUUAAUACGAUUUGGUUAUUCAGAGUAGAUACAAUUAUGUUAAUUAUUGUAUCGAGACCAUGCAACCAUAACUUUUCCAGAUGUGUAUGUAGUGAUGAUGAGGUUUAGUGCAGGGUGAAUGGAAAACAUCCUCCUGGUGGAAUUGGAUUGUAGACCCCUUGAAUGGAGAGCAUUUCAUCAAAGUUGCUGAUGUUCAGGAAACUGAGAUAAAGGUCAGUAACAUCACUGGAAAAUAAACUAGUUUUAUGAAAAAUAUUUUUAUUUUGUCUAAGCGGGUUAAGUAAAUGUUUGUUGAUUUUUUUAAUCUCAACCGAAUGCCUUACUUUUUUACAUCUUUAAUUUUUUAUUUAAAUGCUUUAAGAUUAUUUCAUUUGUGCCAUUUAUGCUAGGGAUCAUUGAGAGCCUUUUUUUCUCUAUGUAAGAGGACUAACAUACAUGAACUUCUCGCCUUUUCUGCAGCCAUUUGUGGAAAGCUUGUCUAAAUGCCCAAAAUAUGGACUCCAUAAUCCUCUCAGGGCUCCAGAGAGGUUUCUUUCCUCUUUCACGUAUCCAAAUCGUAGCUGUUGUAUUUUCGCUUGGGAAAAUAUAAACAUAUUUUCCCAAAAACAACUAGUUUUAUUCAUGUAUGCAUGUAUAUGUGUGUAGAAUGGUUCUUUUUCUUUUCAAAUUUUGUUCAUCUUGGGAAGUUUGUGGUUACAAAAUAAUAUACUACAUGUGAACUCCGCUCAUAUUCUGACUUCCGUUUUCUAGAUAUAUUAUCUUUGGGGACAUUUCUGCGAAGGCUGCUCAUAUGCUUGCUAGACCUGAGGUCACAUCUUUUCUAUUUCAUUUUUUUCAGAUAUUUUGGUUAAUUAUCCUAUAUAUGGGAGAACCCAUUCUAUUUCAAAACCAUGUAAAUUUCAUUUUUUGUGUUAAAUAAAUUUCUCGUCAUCUCUUAUAUGAUCACUUAUGCUGGUUUAUACAUUAUAGGUAUCUGAUUUCUUUUCUAGACUUAUACAAAGAGUUUCCCCGAAGAGUUAUAACCAAGCACAAGCUGAAGUAUAUGUCUCACAAAAAUUUUUGGAGAAUUUCUCAGGUGACCAGGUAUAUUUCUAUUUGGUUGCUUGAUUGUUAAUUGUCCAGGCUGUAGCAUUACUGAGUUCAUGCUUUCCUUUAUUUGUAUUCAGCUGAUGAGGAUUGAACUCAGAUGUUGUAAUUGUUGGACGUAGUUGAUUUUCCUUUAAGAUAAAAAUCGUUUUCUUUGGUUAUAUGCUCGAAAGAUAAUUAUCAUAUUUAAAAUAAUAAUUUGGUUUAACCUUUUUUACUUGGAUUAGUUUUUUUCCGACAGAGCUUUCAUUUACCGUAUCCUCCAUAUAUUUUGUACUAUUACUGGUGCUCACAGAACUCACGGUGGCAGAAAGCCCUUAACUGACGUUUGGUCUUAACAGUUACUGAGUCAUGAUAGACACAGGGACUGGGCUGGCAACUUAAUCCAAUAAUGUAGGGAUUGAACCCGGGUUCAAAUAUCUGCAUGUCGUUGAGGCUUUCAGAAGUGUUGUCGUGGGGCAUGUCCGUAAUGGGGCCAAUUGUACUGCUGUUUGGCAGCACCUGAAGGCCAAAACCUCCACUAAAAUCCUUUCAAACUCUUUCUGUCAAAAUCAUUUUACAAAGAAACCAUGUUGGUGAUAUCAAUACGUAAAUCAUUCUAUACCCCAAUGAGGUUAAUUUUUAUCAACUUAUUACCUAAUUGUAUCGUACGAGUUUUAAACAAGGUUUAAAAAUAACACAACAUUGGAGACAUGGAUCAAAAAUCAAAGAUAGUUUAAAAUUGAGAUAUAGAUUACACAAACUGAGACACAAGUAGGUAUGAUCACUCACGAACAUUAUUUUUAAAUAUUUCAAAUUACCGAAUUAUUACUCAUCCUGUAUAGAAAAGAAUGCUUGAAGAUUUUGAUAACGUUUAUGUUUAUUUGCAUUGUAGAAAAUUUCCGCGAUUUGAUUUUAUUUGUGGAUAAAUGAGGAAUAGUUUCGUGCUUAUUUGAUAAUUAUGGUUGUCCUAAUGGGCCAAGAAAAUUUGACUAAAAAAUUUAGCACUUCUCAGAGGCAAGCUUUGUUACCUAUGAGAUGGUGUUUGUCAAGAUUUCAGAUUUCAUAUUGAGAUGUGUCACCAUGCUAAUCACCAAGAAGAAUAUACGAUUAUGACCCUAGUUGUCGUAGGUUUGUUAUUUUGAGAAGCUCACGUUAAGAAAGUCACGGGUUCUAGAUCCUUGGCAUCAUGUUUUCCAACUUUUAAGUUAAAGGAUGAGCUUUUGGAGUUUUAUGAUCCAGUUAAAAGAUGAAUGGCAUAUUGAGCUUUAGAUUUUCUAGAAACCUUAAAAUGAGUGGGUUUGGUGGGUUUUAAGUUGUUUUCUGUAUUAGGAAACCUUGUUUUUCUGUGCGUGUAUCCAUGAUUCUUGAACCACUUUUUUGUAACAUAUUGUCUAGGAUGCUUUGUCAAUUUCGGUGGUUUUUUUGUCUUAUUUAUAUAUUUUGAAAUCAGAGGUAAGUGUCGCUCUAGAAAUAUUUGCUUCUAUGCAUACUUGUUUCUAUCCUAUUUUACUUAUUCUUUAUGAACAGAAUGACUUGUUUCCUAUGAAAUAUUUGAAUAAUCAUGCCUUGAUGUUUAUAUUCAUUUGGCCUAACAGGUUCGCUUCCUAGCCCGUUCAUUUUCUGUGCCCGGUAAUCAUCUGGGACAACAAAGUAAUGGUUUUCGUUGGCCUUAUGGUCCUGUAAGGAUAUUUUCUUUGAUGUCCCUUUGAGUUAAUUUAAUUACUAGAUGGACUAGUCAUUUAUUGAGUUAUAAGGAACCGAAGAUUCAUUGCUUUUUCAACUUAAAUUUUCUAUUUAAUUAUUUUCUCAGUUUUUUUGGUCUUUUUUACAAUUUUUAGAUACAUGCUUGUAAUUAGUUGGAAGAAAUUUUGGUAUUUCGUGUUGAGUGAUCAAUUUGGAGGAAAAGACACAAUAAUGUUUUUUAUUUAUUUUAAUAUUUUAGCCUACUGCAAUCUAUUUUCAGAUGUAAUUAGCAGAAAUUUAUCUUUCUUGGGAGAGAAAAAACAUUUUUUUAUUUAUAGGAUACAAACCCAUUACGAUAUUUCCAAUUAUAGGAUAGCUUUCCUGACAAAGUGGCCGUGCUGAUGGGCUUAGCUGCAUGUCGCAAGCCAAAGUAUGUAGACUUCUAUCUUAACCUGGAAAUGCUGAUUGCGCAGGUGGCUAUAAUUACUCCAUUCAAUUUUCCAUUGGAGAUUCCUCUUUUGCAAGUGAUGGGUGCUCUCUACAUGGGAAACAAACCCAUUCUUAAAGUAGAUAGCAAGGUAUGCCAUAGAAGACAGCAAAUCCAUCUUUCGUUUCUUUUGAAACAUGCUUUCGUCUGUUGAUAUUGGUUAGGAGGAGAAAAUCUCGAUUUCUCAGAUGUUGAGAAACUUUGAGGUUGGUAAAUCAUAUAUUGUGCUUUUUAUGAUGAGAUUUCGUCUAAAAUAUUUCACAUACGCAUGUAGGCAGGCCUUUCCAGCAAACUGCUCCUGUCUUCCUUUCAUAAUCAAGUCCGAUUGCUUGAUUUUCAAACCUAAAAAAAAUGAUGUUCAAUUAAUGUCUGAGAAAUCAUUGUGUUAAAUGUCAGUCUUUUAUAAUAUUCCAGAAAUUUCUUAUUUUCAUUUAAGUUUCAAGCUUCAACUGCAUCUAAGGCUGAUAUUUUCAGCUCUCCCUGGCAUAUCUAUCGAACCGUCUUAUUCAGGACAGUGGGUAAGCUUUGAGGACGGUCUUUCAGAACAUGAUAGUUUCCAUAGUGAGGAUCAUUUAUAACUUUCUUUCUCUUGUUUUUCUUAUUUUAAAUUCUUAAAUUUCAGUAUCUUAUGUGAUUUUCAUAAACCGUAUUGUUUUCUUAAUCCUCUUCAGUAGUUAAAAACAAUUUGUGGACACCUAAUCAAUGUGAAAAAUAUUUGGAUGAUUGGGAGUUGAUAAAAAUAUUUGAAGAUUUCCCCUAAUUGAAGAUUUACUGACUAUUGAAAGUUUUUAGGUAAGCAUUGUGAUGGAGCAGAUGAUUCGUCUACUUCACAAUUGUGGGCUGCCAAAGGAGGAUGUUGACUUUAUUAACACUGAUGGUAUCACAAUGAACAAGUUAUUAAUGGAGGUCAGUUUUCUCGGGAAUAUUUUAGGGAACCGUGUUGUUGUUUUAUAAGAUGCAGUUUUACAUGUGGUUGAAUUUAUUCCCAGAUUCAGUCGUUGCUUCAUCAGUUUUUAAGCAGGUUACUAAUGCAUACAGGAUAUGCAUUCGACUAUCAACAUCUGUAAAAGGAUACACGGUGAAGAAAUUUUAUAUGAUGCGUGUGCUCAAAACAAUAGUGAGGAUACGUAUUUGACUAUCAUCAUUUCCAACUUCCACUAUCAUAAAUACUAUCAUUAUUGCAGCUACCACCACCAUCUUUACCACUGCCACAGCUGCUGCCACCCAUUAAUUGAAAGGAAUUUUUUUUAUGGUUAUAUAGUUUUAGAGUCACCGCAUUCUCCAUGUGCUGCUCUAUUAUGGUUACUACAUACUGUACGAUCAACUGUCCCUAGAUAUGUCGAGCUACAGUGAAACAAAAGGAUACGCAAGAAGUGCAUAACUUUCACAGAAGAUAAAUUUAAAUUUUAUUGAACCAACUCUAUUCUGCGGUGUAGGAUUGAUAGAUGGUUCUAUGCAGUCAAUAGUUGUAGCUCAGUAUUCAGACCAACCAGACCGUUCAUUAAGCAAGGUGGCCUGAAAAUUUUUGUAUCCCCACUUGAAAAUCCUUCAAUUUUUUUAUGUGGUGUAGUUGGUGGGGAGUAACUACUUUCCUCAUCAACUUGAAUUCGUAAAUGGCACAAGCUAAUAGCAUCUCAAUAGAAUUUCAUUGCUUAGGGAUCAGAUCAGAAGUCUGACCUCUACACAGCCUGUUACUUACAGAUACCUUUUAGUUUAAAAUUUUAUUGUUUUUUGAAAUCAUUAGAAAUUCAAUCACAAAUUCAAUAACAAUAAAAUUUUCUUGUUACUGGGAUUUUCGUACUUAUGCUGGAAUGACAUUUAGUAUGUGCAUGCAUUCAAUGAAACAGGUAAUUAUCAUAUGGUACAACAUUGCAUAUUUUAUGUGGUAGUUAACGAUGAUGAACUAUAGAAUUAUUUGACUAACUCUCUAAUCAAUUUCUCAGGCAAGUCCAUCAAUGACUCUUUUUACUGGAAGCUCGCGGGUCGCAGAGAAGUUAGCUGCUGAUUUAAAAGGGCGUAUUAAAUUAGAAGAUGCAGGUUUUGAUUGGAAAAUUCUGGGGCCAGAUGUUCAAGCGGUAUCUCCUUCUUGAAAUAUUUGAAACUGCGGUUAUCCCCUCUGAAAAUAUUCCAUUUUUUUUGGUUGAUCGCAAUCCUGGCAUGAUUGCUUUUCAGGUUGAUUAUGUUGCAUGGGUUUGUGACCAGGACGCCUAUGCUUGCAGCGGUCAAAAGUGCUCUGCACAAUCCAUUCUUUUUAUUCACGAGGUGACAUUAUCAUUAAAACAUUCGGACCAUUCUGAUCCAUUAUUUACGAAGGGAUAACCCGCAUCACGCUGUUCAUGUCAGUAUAUAUAUAUUUAGAUAUCGAAUCUAACAACAGAAACGAGUACUCUUAUAUUGAGAUUAGUAUACCAAAAAAGUGAUCAUAGUAUGAGUGCAAUUUAAAUAACAAUAAAAGACCUGCCAUACCACUUGAUAUGUCCAUUGGCAUUGUUGUCGUCGUUGACAACUAAUACAAUUUCCAGAUCACCAUGGAUGGUUUGAAGCAUAGUGUUGUUAAGCUUUUCUAUUUAUUUUGUGUAUUAUUUAAUUUUUACGGAAUGCAUAAGUUUUGUUUAAAGGAUAACUUGAUAAAAAAUGAAACUUUCAAUGAUACGAUCCUUCUGGAUUUUGGCUUCUUGCCAAGUUACUCCUGAUGAAACUGUAAACUGAGUUCCAAUUCCGAUGACUAAAAACCGUGGACUCGUACCUUUUUUUGGCGUGAAGUAGUAGGUUCCUGCCAUCCUCAUGUGUUCAUCAUCCAUUUCUUUCGUUACCAUUCUUUUUAGCCUUACUGUCAUUCAUUAUUGUGGAAGGAAUCAAGGAGUUUUAACCUCUCAGCUUCCUCAAUAUCCUUCUGUGCUCCCAGGCUUGUUUUCCAUUCUGAUUUAACCUUUAACCGAUGCAGAUCCUGGACCACUAGUAACCCAGACCACGUAUGACUUAUUUUUGUUUCUAUCGAGAUCUGGUAUUCUAAGGUUCUAACUUACAUGUUUGUUCUGUGCUAAACUAGAUUUCAAGAGUAUUCUUGUCUAAAAUAGAAUACAUUUCUCAGUGUACAAGUUCUUGAAGAGGGAGGGCGGAUUCCACCUAGAAACCCUUGGUGAGACACAGUGGUUAGGAUAAACACCGUAUCCGCGGGUGAGGAAAGCUGGAGAAUAUUUUUUCUUACACCUCUCCUCUCCCCAAGGCGAGAAUUUAUCGAUGUUUGAAACCGUAUAAGCCUGAUAGGCCCAAGACGAUCUAAUGGCCCAAAGUGGGUCUAGUGUGCUCAUUCAAUCCAGGCAACAAAAAAUAGCUUUUCUUCAACACAUGGAGAAGAAAGCUGGAGGAUUUAAUGUUUGAUUGUCUUCAUGUUGCAUUGUUUCUAUAUCUGAAGAUUCUGAUCUCUUACUCCGUUCUAAUUUGGACGUACUAAUGUGCAGAACUGGAGCUCAAGUGCACUUUUGUCGAAAAUGAAAUUUCUUGCUGAGAGAAGAAAACUUGAGGAUUUAACAAUUGGACCCGUCCUUACAGUAAGUUUUUUAGUGGCAAUCAUCUCGUCUAAUUAUUUUUAAAAUACCGUAUAAUACUUUUGUUGCGGUAAUAUCUUUAAUGCCUUUUUUAAUUUACCAGCUAAUCAUUUCUCAGAGUUUACACAAGGAAGUUUAUCUUCUUUGUGUUCAUGGUCUUUCUCAUGUUCCUUGCACAGUCUGUGAGCUCGUUUGUAAACUGAUUUAUGAGGUGCCAUUUUUUGGAAGCUUGGCUCGUUGAAUUCAUUCUGUCAAAUUGCCUGUAGAAAUUUGAGACAAAAGCAAGAAUAACUGCGUUGAUAUGCCUAUGACUAGAGGCUGCUGUAUUUGGGAGAGUAGAAUCAGGCUAAACACCUCAACGGAAUGCCCUUUUUCUAAACUUGGUGUUGCCCAGGUUCUUCAUCGUUAUGUUACCAUUUCAUAUGCGGUUGGCUUCUGUGUUGAAUAUUCAAUGUCGUUUUUCAAAUGCUGGUUUAAUCUGUCUACAUAAUUUUUUUAAUUAGGACAGAAGAGUAUCACGUUUGACUCUGAAAAUUUUAUAACGAGUAUUAAUAAAAUGCAAAGUGAGACAAAGAAAUAACAAAAACAACGACAAGGAAAUAAAUAAAGGGAGAAUCUAUGCAUCUCUUGCUCCUACAAUGGUUUUCUCAACUGAUUCACAGGCUCAAUCAUGCACCUCCCCCAUUAAUCCCACACCCUCUGGAUCUCGUAGAACCCCUAAGAGGAAGCAAAGAAGAGGAUCUGGGUAAUGCGUGUUGACUCCAAGAAAUAUUGGAUAUAAUUUGAUCUGGUAAAAACUUUCUUCUGGUAGGUUGUAUUGUUGGAAUGAGUAUUAGAAGAAAAAAAAUUCUUAGAGGCAUUUAUUUACAGCAAGGGGAUGAAUCUUACCUAACUGAGGGUUCUUCAGUCUGCAACUUAACAAACAUAUUUGGAAAUGUUUCUACUCUAUAUGAUGCAUUCGACUUGCUAACCAGUCAUCUUUGCCGCGUAUUUGGAAAAUUUUACGAGAGUGAGCCAUGCACUGCCUAAAGGUUUUGGAAAUGUGGCAGAAUCUUGGAAGGGAGAUUCUCUUCUCUGUUUAAGAGAUUUUAUAGGAGUCUCAAUUAAACGGAGGUCAUAUGCCAUAUGGCAGGAGAUUCGGCAGCCGGAAGAAGGGUAUUUUCUUAUCUGCCCGGCGGGAUAUUAUUAUUAUUCGAAUAUUGUGAAGGAACAGUUGGAUGAAGCAGCGGUUUCCAAAACCUUAAACAGAGAAACCUGGGGGCUUUAAGAGGUUAGUUCUUAGCAACCCAUUUUCUGAGGCUUUCUAUAAACCUGGGGAAGUUAUGUGGUGAGAAAAUUUCUGCAUGGAUGAAGGUUCUUGCAAACAAAGGCUGUCUUAUCUGGGGGAGGUUCCCCAUGAUAUUCAGAUCUGUCCAUUGAAACCUACUGCUCAGUGAUCCGCCACUCGUUAUCCUGCAACCCUGGCAAGGGGGGGGAGUGCCCUUGCACUGGUACUUCUUACGCUAUAGAUCCGAUGAUAUUAUCGAAUUGAGAUGAUGAAAUUGUGGUGCUCGGCCUGGCAAGUCGGCCGUGAGAAAGCAUUGGAUGAAUAUUCAGGUUAUUCAGUGGGAAAGAAAAACAUGCAGUCGUUAAUAUUGUUUCCACCAUUGUUCAUCUUGAAGGACAUUUAGGGCCAAAUUAAGGUGACAUAAUCACGGCGGAUUUUUAUCCUACUGAAAACCCAGAUGGGGAGAAUUAGCAGAGAGCUGAUGGUCUCGAGCUUCUCAUAUAAUGGAGUGACCCAACCCAUAGGGUGGAUCAACCCGCGCAGUAAGAAUGCCCAUGGCAAAAUAGCUGGAACUUUGGGAAUUAACUAUCACUCAACAUAGUUGGCUUGAAGAAAUAGUGACCUUAGAACAAUGAGGGAGGGAUGAUAAUUUUUUCAAUGAAUACUUAAAUUUAAUUGGCAGGCAGUUUUCCCAGCCAAGGAAGCCAGCCGGGGAUCUUCAUCACAUAUGAUUAUUGAAGGGGUUCUAUCCGCUUUUGUGUUUCUUCAGGUGACCACCGACAGCUUGCUGGCACAUGUUGAAAAAUUGCUGCAGGUUCCAGGGUCAAAGCUUCUCUUCGGAGGCAGACCUUUGGAGAACCAUUCCAUUCCAAGUAUUUAUGGCGCCUUGAAGCCAACAGCACUCUUCGUUCCUCUCGUUGAACUGGUGAAGGAGAGCAAUUUCGAGCUCGCUACGAAGGAGAUCUUUGGUCCCUUCCAGGUAAUGUUCCUCCCAGCCAGAUGGGUUCGUUGUCACUGAGGACGUUCUAUCUGUUUCUCCGUUUUUCUUUUUCUUUUUUUCUUUCUGAUACUAUAGAUUCCAAACGGAGAUAUUUAUUUAUUUAUUUAGUCAUUUAUUUAUGUAGUAUUAGGAAGCCUUUCCCGUGUUUCAUAGCUUGAAAACCUGCCUGGCUAACACUGCCCAAGAGGUUCUAGUGUUCCAGCUUUUGAAAUUCUGACAGCUAAGCAACUGUGGAUCUCGUUCUAUAUUUAUCCGGAAUAUUAAAAGAGUAGACAUUUGGGUUCGUAUAAAUUUCUACAUAUCAUGCCAGUGAUCAUUCAAUCUUUCCGCAGAUCGUUACAGAGUACAGGCAUGACCAACUCCCACUGGUUUUGGAUGCGUGCCAGCGGAUGCAUGCACACCUGACCGCCGCAGUGGUUUCGAACGAUCUUCUGUUCCUGCAGGCAAGAACUCCAAACUUGGCUAUUUUAAUUAAAUUCCCACCCCCUCCUGGUGUGUUUCUCAAGGUGGGCACAGCAAGCAUUCCAUCAAUGACCUGCCUUGAUUUCUUCCCCUCCGUAGCUUUCCGACCAUAGUUUUUGGCCUGGUUAGCUUAGCUUAAUGGGGAAGGUCCCUGUCAUGGGGGGACAUCGCCAUUCGAAAAGAAGAAGAACAAAACGAAACUGAGGGCAACUGCUCCAUGUCCGGGCGGACACCUGGACUAGUAGUACCAUCUUAAAGUAGUAUUUUUUUCCUCUUUUAGGAGGUCCCUCUAUCAGAGGCUGGCAGAGACUGAGAAGCUUGAAACGGUGGGCAUCAGAAAAAGAUGUUCUGGCAUCAGAAAUGUGUCCGACGCUGGUUGGUCAGCAGUGGAUCUUCCGGGUUUAAAGAACACAGGAUUUUGAUGCCAAAUUUGGGAAUUUUGAGUCGAUAAUUUUGGUUAUGGCUCGUGGAAUUGGGCAUCCUUCUCGUGUAUCAGAUCCCCGAUUAAUCUUCCUUGCAGAAGAAUGAAAGUUAUCUCCAACCUUGCUUGAUCUGGGAAUUUUCUAUACUUGCAGGAGGUGCUCGGGAAGUCCGUCAACGGCACUACCUACGCUGGGAUGAGAGCCCGCACCACGGGCGCCCCUCAGAACCACUGGUGAGUGAGAAACCCUUCUCUCUCUCUGUCUUCCUCGUUUCCCCCGGCGGCGCUGAAACACUGGGCCCUCGCAGGUUCGGGCCUGCCGGCGACCCGAGGGGCGCCGGAAUCGGGACGCCGGAGGCAAUCAAGCUUGUCUGGUCCUGUCACAGAGAGAUCAUCCACGACGUCGGCCCUCUGCCGGCCAACUGGGUUCUCCCUCCGUCCUCCUGA